UGACCGUGCGGAAGCAACAAUCACAUCCAAGAUGGAGACCGUAAAUGCUGGACAUAUGAUGAGUUUAGCAGCUCUACAGAGACAAGACCCGUAUAUAAACAAACUGCUCGAUGUUACUGGCCAGGUGGCACUCUACAACUUCAACUCCAAAGCCAACGAAUGGGAGAAGACCGAAAUCGAGGGCACCUUGUUUGUUUAUGCCAGGUCUGCCUCCCCUCACCAUGGCUUCACCAUCAUGAACCGACUGAGCACUGAGAACCUGGUGGAGCCAAUCAACAAAGACCUGGAGUUCCAGCUGCAGGAUCCCUUUCUGCUCUACAGGAAUGGCAACUUGGGUAUCUACAGUAUUUGGUUCUAUGACAAGAGGGACUGUCAACGCAUUGCUCAGCUGAUGGUCAAGAUUGUAAAACAAGAAGCGGACCAUGCCCAGAGAGAGUCACCAGAAAGGCCGGAACCGGGGAGAACCAAUGGCGUCGCUGGACCACGGCCCAUUGACAUCCUGGAACUACUCAGCAAAGCCAAGGAAGAAUACCAGAGAGCUCAGUCAGGUGAAACAGAUGGGUGUACAGAGCCAAGUGUGAAAGCAGCUAUCAACGCGACAGAACGUACCCACAGCACACCACAACCUGAAAAGAGCUCUCACACAAUGGUGAAGCAGAUCACAGUUGAGGAGCUCUUCGGCUCAUCCCUCCCUAAGGAUCCCUCUCUACCUGCCAUGCCCACACAAAGCACCACCAAACCUUCCAGUGAUCCCUCCACUGCUUACAUCCAGAACCAGUCGUAUGCCAAUCCAGCCCAUCAAAACCUCGGGUGCAACCAGCGGCACCAAGCCGCUGGCCUGCUCCCAGCUCCAUAUGCACUCCAUCCCAGCCCUGUUUUCCAGUCAGUCCCCAGGUCAGACCCCCAGCCUCAGUGCUCAGUUUCACCUCCCCUGGUGCCUCCAGCUGGCUCAGAGCCUCAUGCUGCUCCCCCUGGUCCUGCAGCACCACCAGCAGCUUCUGUGGCUUAUUUGGGUCAGGAAAUACUCAGCACACUUAAACCAGCAGUGCCAUCUGUGAAUUCAGACAUCCAGAAACCCAUCCUUGCACCCAACUUCCUGCCAAGCACCCUGGUGCCACCCCACAGUUUCCAGGAGCCCAUGGGGAAACCCCUUCUCCAGCACAGCAACGAGAUGGAUGUUUUCUCUCAGCCUCCAAACCUGAUCAAACCAAUGUCUGCUGCCCCCGUGAGUUCAGCUUUUGCUGUUCCAGGUCCUGAGAUUUCAGUGCUUCUCUCCCCCAGCGCCUUCCAGCAGUCCAAUAAGACAACAACAGCAGCAGUGUCAGUGGUCCCUCCUAACCCCUCUGAGUCCUUUUCUACCUCUUUAGGAGAUGCAGAGCCUCCACCAGCCCCCUGCAGCAAAAAACAUUUACAAGAGACCCUGAUCCACCUCAUUAAGAACGACCCAGACUUCCUCUCUGCCAUCCAUGAUGCUUACCUGCAGACUCUGUCGAAGGAAUUCAGCUCCAUGAAACUAUAGUCCUGCUUCAACUGUCACCACUGUUACUUUUAGUCCUAUGACCCCUUCAUGACCUGUAAGAAGACCAGAAGUUAAUGGGCACUAAAGAAGUGCAGCGAAAAGGUUUUUGACACAUUGUACACUCAACUCUUCACAGCUUCACAACUCUUCUAAGGGUUAUUAUAGCAUGCGUCUCACAGUUUAAUCCCUGACUCAGAACUUGUUUUUUGAGUCUUUACCUAAACACUGAUGCUGGCCUGGUUACUCACAUCAAACCAGAACUGCUGUGUGAGAGAGGAAUGAGAUCAAACUGUGGCCUUGAGUUUUCUUUUUUACUUAAGAAAUGUGAUGAAACCUUCGGUCACUUACUAAUAAGGUUUAGCUGUUGCUGGUUUAAUUCUCUGGAAGAGGGGACCACAGAGGGGCUUCGGUGACCUCAAAUCAUUUCACUUUUGAACUUUGGACAAAUUCAUUUGCAACUCUGAAUCACAGACACUGCUUUUCUCACUCAUCUCACGUCUUUGGAGUUCUCGCAAUGCAAGAGUAUGGGAACACUUGCAACACGCAUACACUCUGACCACUUAUGAAGACAAAGACCUCUAUGUUGGGGACCUCAAAACUGUCUUGGGAGUCCUUGCCACUGUGUGGCUUUAGGAGGGACUACUCAUCUUCCUAUUUUCCCUUAUUGAACCUCUCUCAAAGUAACACUGAAACCUAUAUUUUUUUUGGCAACACCACAGAGACACUGAUCAGCUGUUCCAGUUUUUGUGGCAUUUUGUGUUUGUCAUUGUCUCUUAACAAUGAGGAGAUUUAUUCUGUUUUCAGCCCUUGCCCAAGGAAGAUAAAGAACCUCCAUAAUUGUUAGGAGCAGCACUUGCAGCUAAGAAUCAAUUUCCUCUCGGCUAUUUUUUUUAAGGUUACAAUACAGACUGUGUCAUGUUCAUAAAGACAUGCACAAACUCUAGUGUCUUUGUUACCUUUCUCCUCAUAUUUUUUUCUCCUUGUCCAUGUUCAUUUCUCCUCCUCCAGCUGAGCUCAGAGUCCUUGAUAUUGUUGGAGGGAAAUGUGCAAUAAAUGCUGUUGCAAUGCCUUUAGGGAUACUAGCAUUUUGGGAUAUUUUAGAAUGGUACAGUGCUACAUUUAUCUGAACAUCCGAGAUCUGCAGGUGAUCUUUAAUUUGAAUAUCACAAAGAAAAACCACAAAAAUGCUAUUAAAUUUGGAUCCUUGUUUACGUUCAACCCUUUAAUAUUAAAUUGCUCAAAAAAUGGGGGUAACUGAUGUGCAUUUGAUAGCUUCUAAUGAUAAAAGAUAUAAACUACCUCUGUUCCUGCUUCUCAUUUUAUUUUUCCAAGCCAAGAUUAAGUCAAAUACUUAAAUACAAAACAAACUGUGGUAAUUUGGUAUUUUUUGCAGUAAAAUGUUACUGCAGCACAGAAACAUAAACCCUGCAGACUGCAGUUUGCAUAGGAAAAAGCACAUCUGUCUCUUCAUCAUGUGCAGCGCUGAGUGACUAGAGUUAUUGUUCAUGAUCAAAUAUACAUCAGAAAAUCAGCUUUCGAAGAUUUAGAAAAAAAGGUUUAUCAUCAGUAUGUGUGCAUUUCUGAACACACAUGGUUUUCUAAUAGGUUUCAUUUAUCGUGUCCACAAUAUGUUCAGCACAUACUCAAACAAUCAUGAAUAUAGUUCAAAAAUAAUGUAAAAGCAUGAAAAUUUUGGUUAUAUGGCUUUCUAACAAAGGCUACAGUGAUAUAUACAGUGGUCUCAGUAGUUGGCUCAACAGUACAGUUGCCUGAACAAUCAGUAUACUAGUCAUUUUACAUGGAAAUGUAUUUUUCUUACAGUUUUGUUCACAGCAUGAAGUGCAGAGAUUAUGGUUCUCUUCAAAAAUUGUAGAAUUGAAAAUGUUCUCCCUGUUUAUAAUUGGAAAUAUCUGAAUGAGAUCGAUUGUGACUCCAUGACUUUGUAUUUGGUCCUGCUAUUUGAGUGUAUUUGAUAUUUACUCGCAGUAAUAUAUGUGCCAGUGUUGUUUUCUUCUGCGUCCUGUGUGUUUCAGUUGAGCCCAGCUGCACAUGUUUUCACUACAAACUGUUUACUCUGUAUUUCUUUCCCCUUUUUAUUUGGCAGAUUUUUAAUUUAGAAUGUGGAAAAAUGUCUGCAGCCAGAGAGUAAAUCAAAUAAUCAGUUCACUUCAUUCCCCUAUUUUCAUUUUUCAUAUUGGAGGUGAUUUUGCCAACACUUCUGGCAUGUGUUGGUUAAAUAAACACAGAAGAACAAUUGAAAUGUCAGUAUUGUUUUAUAUUCCAGUCACAUAUUUAACAUUUUAAGGUUAGGUUAAAGGUUUAAGGUUUUUUUACACUGUGGUAUGAUUUAUCUUAUUAGCCAGAGAUAUGAUUUUGGGAAACUCUUUGCAAAUUACAUUAAUUUUCUCAGAUUGUUGUCACUGUGCGUAAUUUGGUUUAUUAUAACUAUUUUGUGAUAUUAAAGAUUUCAAAAUAGA